AUGGUAGUGCUAGUGCAGUUAUUGAGCCUAGGACGAGACGGUGUCGUUGCCGGCGUCAAGGCAGCCAGGAACUUGGUCCGUAUCCUUGAGGACUCAGAGAGGCUGCAUCGCCGGCAGAUCCAAGUGCAGGUGACUUGGGGGAAGGCUGGGCCCUUGGCAAACCUGGGUCAUUUCCAUCCAAUUGCUUCGUUGCUUGGGAAACAGCCAUCAGGAUGGAAGCAGCUGAUGCCAACUGCCGAUGACUUUGCGCGGACAGCCAUGAGGACAGUGAGCCCCCUGCCGUCGCUGGAGCAGCUAGCGCCGCGGCGCAUGCCGGUAUUGCUUCACAUCUAUGACGCGCUACCCCCAGAUGCAAUCCGUUCAGAAGAUGAUCUACAUGCAGGGGCCAUGCAUCAUUCAGCCGGCGUUGUUGAAGAAUCGGCUGCUUUGAUUUGCAGUCUGGGAUUCAAAUUUGAGUUUCCGAACUAUGAUCAGCUGGCAGACCAGGAACACCCAUGCUGCGCAGCUGCCAAAACAUGCAAACAGGGCAAGGCUACCGCAACAUGCACAGAGAAGUGCAACGCAAAAGUCAUGGGCGUCCUGGACAAUGACAUUUGGCUUCCAGAGUCCUGUGUCUCACCUGCUUCUGUGGCGCCUCCAGAAGAGUUUAAGGAAUCCAAGUUGAACAACGUGCCUGCGGUCCCCAAUGCAGCCGUGAAGGCAUUUGAAGGCAAAAAACUGACUGCAAAGAAUGACAAGCUCGAGAUCACUUGCUGA